AUGCCUAAUAGAAAACUCAAUGAAUUACUAAGUAUCAGGGCAAAAAGAAAUCAGGGUGUAUGUUCUGUGAAGGAAUUAAAUAAAUACAGACAUCUUACAAGUUUAAAAUCAGACUUUGAAAGAAACUAUAUGAAAGAGCAAAAAAUGAUUAAAAUCCAUGUACAACAGCUUUGUGAUCCAUCUAGAUCCCGUACCCAUCCUGACAAUUUAGAAUUCCAAGAGUGGCUAUUAUGGGGAAAUAAACAAACACCUUCUGAAGAAAUCUUAAAGCGCAGGUAUAUGAACAUGGUUAGUAAGGAGCUAGACAGCAUGAAUAAUUUUUCACAAAAACCGAGUACACACCGUAUACACAAAGAAGAAAAACGUUAUCUGGACCACAUUAGCCGAAAACUUAAUGACCGCAAACAAACAAAAGAGGCGUGGAAAAGGAAAGAGUUCUCAGUGUUGGCGAAGAUUGGCCAGGAAGUAGAGAGAGAAGCAAGAAUUGAGGAGUAUCGUAGAAAGAUCAAAGAAGAGACCGACCUAAAGAAACAAGCUAUGCUGGAGAGAAGAAUCGCUUACCAUCUACAAAAACUGCAAAAAAAUGACCUUACACAGGAAGAUUCAGAAGGGCGUAUAUUGGAGAAAAGUGGAUAUAAAAAAGGAACAAUCCACCUUUCUGAAAAAUCUUUAAAGACUGUGGACAAAAAAUCAUCACCUGCAAUAUCUCAUGAUACACAUUCCAGCUCAGCGGAGCAAAAGAAAGACCUCUUUCAUAGCAGAGCACGGCGUUUUUCAAGUAACGAAGGAACAAUCCACCUUUCUGAAAAAUCUUUAAAGACUGUGGACAAAAAAUCAUCACCUGCAAUAUCUCAUGAUACACAUUCCAGCUCAGCGGAGCAAAAGAAAGACCUCUUUCAUAGCAGAGCACGGCGUUUUUCAAGUAACGAAGGAACAAUCCACCUUUCUGAAAAAUCUUUAAAGACUGUGGACAAAAAAUCAUCACCUGCAAUAUCUCAUGAUACACAUUCCAGCUCAGCGGAGCAAAAGAAAGACCUCUUUCAUAGCAGAGCACGGCGUUUUUCAAGUAACGAAGGAACAAUCCACCUUUCUGAAAAAUCUUUAAAGACUGUGGACAAAAAAUCAUCACCUGCAAUAUCUCAUGAUACACAUUCCAGCUCAGCGGAGCAAAAGAAAGACCUCUUUCAUAGCAGAGCACGGCGUUUUUCAAGUAACGAAGGAACAAUCCACCUUUCUGAAAAAUCUUUAAAGACUGUGGACAAAAAAUCAUCACCUGCAAUAUCUCAUGAUACACAUUCCAGCUCAGCGGAGCAAAAGAAAGACCUCUUUCAUAGCAGAGCACGGCGUUUUUCAAGUAACGAAGGUUACAAAAAUACAAAUAUCUCUAGAAGAACUUCACAAGAUAUUCAUAAAACCAAGGCAAACAUCUUUCAUAGCAGAGCACGGCGUUUUUCAAGUGACGAAGGAAACAAAGAUACAUAUAUGUCUCUUAAACCGAGUAUCACCAUACGGUCUCCAGAGGCUGUGGAGAUAUAUGAGGACGAAGAAAACGCCAAGUCAAGUGACUCAGCUGAAGGAACCUUAAAACCUCAUGACUCUUACAUGGAGGAAUGGCAACAGCACUAUGAAUACCCGUGUCAAGAAAAAGUAACAUCUGAAGAACUGAACAGCAUAAUUAGGGACGUAAUGACAUGGGUAGUGGCUGCUGUCGUCACUACGUUGUAUCCAGUAGUAACAGAUUAUGAGGCAAAAUUGCGACACAGCUUCUACCCACCAUCAGAGGCCUCCUUUUCAUCUGAUAUAACGGAUACAACGAGUUGUUACAGCACGUGCAGUGAAGUAUUUCUUCGUCAACGGAGUCAUAGGUUCCAAGAAAAUCCUGUAUCACCUUUAGAACUAACAUCUAUCUACAAUAGAAGAACACCUGUAGAAAGAACAUAUCCCAAAAAAGUCGAGAUUAAAUUACCUGAACCUAAAUACAAUAACAUAUCUGGAUUUCCCCAUCUUAAACCCUGUAAAUCUGAUAGUUACCUUUUCACAGCCAUUAAAACAGAUACAAAGAAAUCCAGAGAUGUCUCUACUGAAACAGAUGGAUUAGGAUAUUCACUGCCUCCUGUCAGAAAAUUUGAAUCCAGAAGCAUGGUACAGGAGCUGAAAAAUGCUUGUGGCAGCUUUAAAUAUAACCUUAAAGAAGAAAAUACACUGAUUUUAGAAGACAGCUAUGAGGAAACACAAUCUGAAUUUCCUCAGACUAUUCAUUCAGUUUCAUUUGAAGCUGAAAUUUCACCUCAACAGGAGGACACUGACGAAGAACUCUCUCCUAAUAUUAACAUCCCCGCAGCAGCUUCUGCAGUUGUGGACACUGUUCUUGAUACAUUUCACUCUGCAGCUGAGGCAAAAUGUACCAAAGGAACAUCUCGGAAAAAUGUGUCAGUUCACUUUGAACCACAUUUAACAGCCAAUGGAAUAAAACCAACCUCUCCUAAAGAAAGUACUCCAGAAACUUCACCGUGUAAUACUCCGGAGAACAUGCCUAAUGUGGCUGAGGAUAUGAUUCGAAUAAUUUUAGAACAGCUGAUCACUCUUAUGUCUUCUAAAUUAAAACAACUUGUUCAUCAUAAAAUCACGACUAGACCUAGUUAUCCACAACCUGCUAAAGAUUCAACAUCUGUAUUCAUUCCAAGAGAGAACAAAUGGAAAGCGUCAAGUGCUGAUCAUGAGGCAGCCAAUUCAGCUUUCAAAGAAGGGAUACAAAAGCUGGUGUUAAGAUCUUUUUCCCAAUCCUCACUGAUGGGUUAUAUAGAGGAAGUAAUCAGUGUUGUAUUAGGUUAUAUUCAAAUUGAACUUAAUAAUGAAAGGCUCUUUGCGACUGAAGAAACUAUAAUUGUCUUGACACUACUUGAUGCUAUCUUGACUCAGCUUCACAGACUAGAAAAAGCAGAUCAUAAAAAAAGACACCCCAGAUUAACAACUCCUUCUUACAAUGAAGAAAGAAACAGAAUUGCCAGUGCUGAAGUAGCUACCGGAUCGAGGCGUAGAUGCAGAUUUCCAUCUAUUAAUGUUCCUGGUAUGUUUUUUUAUUCUGAAGAUGAAAAUGAAGAUGUAGAGAAUAUUGUGGGAAGUGUACUGAAUUCAUCUGUACAAGAUGAAACAACGGAAUUGCAAGAACAGACUCGUAGUCAUUGGUCAACAAAAAAAGAUGCUGACCUUCCAUGUAGAACAAGUAUAAACUUGUUUCCAACUACUUUUGAAAGCAAAACUGAACUACGGAAGAAGAAAUUCAAAACUAAUCGUCCAGCUUUUGAUAACAUUGACCUUUUUAAGGAUCAAGAACUGGAACCACAUGAGAUUGAUCGAGUGGCAAGAAAAGUUACAUCUGCUGUGAUCACACACUUAAAGAACUUUAAAACCAGAGAUGAUUCAUGCCCACAAGUAGACAGUGAAGCAAGUCGAACAGAAUACUGUGAUACUGCUUCAAAGUUGAUUGAUUCACUUCUCAGUGAAUUUUCAGAUACUCAAAUUAAACUGGUCAACCGAGAUCAUGGAAGUUCGUUUUCCCCAAAUGCAGAUAAAACUGCAUCCAUUCGUAAAGUACCUCUUCAGGAAAAAGAACCACCUAUGGAUAAAAUCCCCUCAAAAAUAAAAGCUACAGGUAUGGAUGAAGUACCACCUAUACACAAAAUGACAACUGCAACACCUUCACAUGAAGAACCAUCCAUGACUAAAAUACCAUCUGUCAGUGAACUUUUGGUCAACAAAAUAUUCCACCGCUCUGUAUAUGAGAUUUUUCAGGAAUAUACACCUCAAGACUCCACUUGUAAAGACAUAGAUGGCAAUGAUGAAAAUCUAUCAGAACUAGCUAAUUCAAUGAUAGAAGAAAUUUUUCAACAUCAACUAAACUUACUACUUAAUGAUGAUGUUCCAAAAUCAGUUUGUUUGCCUCAAAAAUCUGAAGCGGUUAGGACAGAUUUUUGUAAAAUUGCUCAAAAAACCAGCAGAGGAUGUCAAACUUUAUCCCCAUAUACCAUAAAACUAUCUUAUGACUUUCUAGAGAACCUAGUAUAUCAUCUUCUAUUAAGAAUUUUCUCAACGUUCAUCAACACUAAAACAAAAGUACCUGAGGUGUACUCAGAAAUAGAUUUCCUUCAAAUGAAGUUAGUAAGCACAAUUGUGACAGAGAUGAACAAAAAUGAAGAUAUAAUUAUCCAGAAUGUAAAGUCCUUACAUACAAAUUAUAAUAAAGUUACUCAAUUGGUGUCUCAGACAAUUUAUAAUAACCUCUUGCCACAAUUUGGAUCUCAAGAGACCAUACAGAAUUGUGUUGUCAAUGGCUGCAAAAUUCUUUCAGAGACCAUAGUUAAUUUAAUUGUACAAGAAGUAUGUGGAAAUCAGUUGCAGAACUACUUUUCCAGUGAGUUUAUACCAGAACCAUGCAGAGAGACUGUGACAGUUGUUGACGAUACCAUUCAAACCACCAAAUCUCCUCUCUCCAAAUCAUCAUUUUGUAAAUUGCCUUUAGAUAUCAUAGAAGAAAUUGCUGUAAAUUUCUUGUCAAAACUUUUAUCAGUGUUCCCAAAAGCAACUAACAUAGAAGACAAUUCACUGUGUGCUGCCAUAAAAAACAUAAUUUUAAAAAUCUUAAAUUCAUUUCAAAAAUACAUUUCAAAAAGUCAAAUUUCCAUCGUGUCACCUUCCAAAAAAUCAGCCACUAGAUCUUUAGCAGAUAAUGAAACUAUUGAAAAAGUAGCUACUUCUACUUAUUACCAUGUCUUAAAACACUCUGGAUCUCAUGGGUCAAUGUAUAAAGAUUUAAUGAGCCAAAAUACUAUCCUUUCCGACAUCAUAGGAUUUUUGAUGGUGAAGGAAAUUUCAGCUUCAGAAUUUCAUCAUCAAAUAGAGGAAGAAACAUCAGGUACCUCAUUAGUUCUUGAAACUAUUAAAAUCAUGGAAAAGGUGGUCGAUAUUAUCAGUCAUAAAUGGAAGAAAACAUUGUCAUCCCCAAAAAAGAUCAUAUUAUAUGCCAAGGUUUUAGAGGAAACACUGGCAUUGUUCUUGGCCAAAUUGGUAAGCCUACAAAAUGCCUCAAGCAAAUGUGUUAAAAACUUAUCAGAGCAUGAGUUAAGUAAUAUUGCUUCUCAGUUGACAAAAUCUGUCACAUCUGAAAUUGUCAGAAAUAAUAUCAGUAUUGUGGCUACUACUACUAAAGAAAAUGUUUUAAAUCAAAAAAGUGUAGAAAUCAUUUCUCAAAUAGUCAAUUCUGUUUAUAAUCAUGUACUACAACAAUCCAGAACACAUGAAGGACUCUAUUAUGAUGUGAAUAGUAAAAACUGUUUGUUCCCUGAAGAGGUAGCCUCUCUGAUCAUCAAUGGAAUUUUAAAUUGCCCUUUAGAAACAAUUAGCCCGAAAUACCCAAGUACUACUAUCUGUAGUGAUUUGAACAUUAAACAAAUUGUUGAAAAGGCCCAUCAGCAUGUGAUUAAAAUGGAACCUAAGUUAGAGACAAAACUUUUAGACCAAAAUUUAAGUGAAGAGAACUCACAAGCCAAAAUAAUACCUCACUGUGAAAAACAGCCCAUCAAAAUUGAUCCAGUGAUUAUUGAAGAUCAUUUGGGAGUAAUUUCUAUAAAAACACAACCACUGCAGAAACUACAGGAUCAAUGUUUAACUGACACGGGAUAUAGCAUUGAAGCACUAAGGGGAGAGGCUUCAGUAUGUAGAAGGAAGUCUUCAACUCUUGGUACAUCCAGUAGAAAAGCAAGAAAAGAAAAACGUGUCUAUUUAGACCAAAAAGGGAGAUUAAAUAUAAAGCCGUUAGAGCUUGCUAGUAGGAAUUCAUUUCCCAAUUUGUUGAAACCCGACAUUACUAAAGUAGAGCUUUUAAAAGACGUUCAGAACAAAACUGAUCUUAUUAUCCGGUUAAUAACUCAUGAUAUUAAUCAGGACACUUCAGAAAUCCCAGUAAAGGAAGCUUUCAUUUCUGAUGAGAAGGAAAUUGUUUUAAAAGAGAUUUUGAAGGAAGAGCCAAAAUAUAUGUGCUUUGACGAGGACAUGGAAGACAUGACACCCAUUGAGAGCGGAGCUGCCGAGCCACUGAUGAGUGGCAGAAUUUCACAGUCAUUGCCAGAAAAUUGUUAUUCUCCAAUACCCAGUGUAUCAACAAGCAAUACUGAAGUAUCACCAUUUGGUUGGAAAGACAUCCAGGAAACAUACAAAAGAAAACGUCUUUCUAAGCUUAAUGUAACUGCUUCGAAAUCAGCUAUCAACUCUACCUCCUUUACGGAGAUGAGGACAAAUCUAACUGGAAAAGAAUCAAAAUCUAGUACUUCUGAACCCACACAUUUCUUGUUACAUAGAAUCAUGACUUCAUCAUCAUACAAUGAAGAUGAUCUGCCAUCAUUUACUAGUAAUGAUGAAGAUCAUUCUACUGGUCCGAGUGCAAAAAUAACAGAAGACAGUCUUUACCGUAUAGGUCUGGAGAGUACAAGCAGCCUUAAGUUUUACACCCUAUUCCAACGCGAAAGUAUGGGAACUAGCAUACCUUCUUCCAAAGGCGGUACUUCAGGUGUGAUGGCAGAUGAUGAAAAUGCUGGUACUUCAAAACAAAGAGUUGGUGUAAUAAAGAAGAUGUCAUCUGCUCUAUCCAAAUUAUUUCCGAAACCAAAUGCUGAUAUUCCUAAAUCAUCUCCACCUUCACCUCCUAAUGUAGAUAAAAAGUAA